CCGCCCUUUGCGUCAGAGGAGGACAAAGUCAUUGGGAAAGGGUGAUUUUCGGCCUUUGAGUAGAGGCGCCGCCUGAGGAGCGGAAGAGAGGGGGAUUGCCGCCAUUUUAGAAGCUUUCCUGUCGCCAUGUUCUCCUCCGUUGCGCCGCUCGUGCGGCUCAACCCAUUCCACCUUCCUCACAUGCAGUUGCAGCAGGACAGCCUCGCUUUGAGGAAGCGCCCGGUGGAAUCGACGGAGCCCUCGUCCACUCGGCGGACUUUGGCGGCCGCUUCCGCAGAGGAAGAAUAUAGUUGUGCAUAUGGCUCUGGCAGGUUCUUCAUCCUUUGUGGCCUUGGUGGGAUUAUUAGCUGUGGUACCACGCACACAGCGUUGGUUCCUUUAGAUCUCGUUAAAUGCCGAAUUCAGGUGGAUCCACAAAAAUAUAAGAGUAUCUUCAAUGGAUUUUCCGUUACUGUCAAAGAAGAUGGUGUUCGUGGCUUGGCAAAGGGAUGGGCUCCAACCUUCUUUGGAUACUCUAUGCAAGGACUUUGCAAAUUUGGUUUCUAUGAAGUAUUCAAAAUCCUGUAUGGAAACAUAUUGGGAGAGGAAAAUGCGUAUUUAUGGCGUACAUCAUUGUAUCUGGCUGCAUCUGCCAGUGCAGAGUUUUUUGCUGAUAUUGCCCUAGCUCCAAUGGAAGCUGCUAAGGUUCGCAUUCAGACACAGCCUGGAUAUGCUAACACACUGAGGCAGGCAGCUCCAAAAAUGUUUGCAGAAGAAGGCUUUUGGGCUUUCUACAAAGGUGUUGUUCCAUUAUGGAUGAGGCAGAUUCCAUACACAAUGAUGAAAUUUGCUUGCUUUGAACGAACUGUGGAAGCUCUCUACAAGUAUGUUGUCCCCAAACCAAGAAGUGAAUGUUCAAAAGCAGAACAGCUGGUUGUUACAUUUAUAGCAGGUUAUAUUGCUGGUGUCUUCUGUGCCAUUGUUUCACAUCCUGCUGAUUCUGUUGUAUCUGUAUUGAACAAAGAAAAGGGCAGCUCAGCUGUUGAAGUGCUAAAGAGACUUGGGAUAAAAGGAGUAUGGAAGGGUCUCUUUGCCCGUAUCAUUAUGAUUGGUACUCUGACAGCACUACAGUGGUUCAUCUAUGACUCCGUGAAAGUGUAUUUCAGGCUUCCCCGCCCACCUCCACCUGAGAUGCCAGAGUCUCUGAAGAAGAAACUUGGUCUUAUUGAGUAGAUGAAUCAAAGACUGAAUGGCUGAUAGCAAAACAUGCAACUUUACACACAUGGCAAUGUAGAAGAAUAAAACCUUACCAGCUCAGGCUGCAGUGUUGUCACUAUUGGUCAAAAUAAACUACAAGAAUUACUGGUGUUUAA